CGUUUGCUGCGACGGCACUUUGCGGCAGCAGGGAAAUCGAGGAGAAAGCAGCGACAACCAUCGCCAGCGGAAACGUUAUCGCCCCAGAAAACCCUGGAUUUAUGCAAUAUUCGAUGAACUAGCUCGUAUAUUGGUUGUAUAUGUCUUCGCCUUGUGGAUGAAAUUGUGUUCAACGUUUUCCAAGUGUCAAUCACCACCUUAAUGCAGUGGGAUGGCCACAGUGCCGCCUGGGCCUAGUAGCGCACUGCCUGCAUCCCCGGCUGAAAUUCCUCCUUUCCCCGCGGCUGGGAGCGCGGAGCCGGCGGUGGAAGACGGAGAGCCGGCGUGCCACGGGGAGCAGUGUGUGCCCGCCGGUACAGGGACGAAGUCUCAGUCGGUAAACGAAGUCAAAAGGUCGGUAAAGAAGAAGCAGAAAAACAUGCUAGCGCGAGCUAGCCCGGCGGCGCUUCACCUUAAAAUGCAAGCCCGAGAGCAGCAGCAGUUGAACGGCUUGGCAAGCCCCUCAGAGGACCCUGACAGCCACCAGCACGUAGGAAGCCGGCCUGACAAUCCCAGAUCGUCCGUAGACAACUGUGACAACAGCAUUGGCAGCAACGAGGAGGCUCCUGCCGCUAGGAACAAUAGUGAGCACUGCCAACACGAAGGCCACAGCCCCUGUUCCAAAAACGGUAGUCACUCUCCUCAUGGUAACAAUAGCGUGAACGGGAUGCCGGGUUUCACUACAGCUGAGGCGGCCUGCGAAGCGGGGAAAGAGUUGGACCACACGCCGCCCUCUAGACCUUCGAGUGACGAGCAGCCGGACGCUGCUGGGCCCGGCGGUGAGGAGAGCCAGGCUGACCUGCAGCAACCGCCGGCCGAGGAGCUCGCCCGGCUCGACUUGAGCGGCUCCCCCGGGGAGAACCACGGCAUCCGCUAUGUCCGCUACGAGUCUGAACUUCAGAUGCCGUGGAUCAUGAGACUGAUCACCAAGGACUUAUCUGAGCCUUAUUCAAUUUACACGUACAGGUACUUCAUCCACAACUGGCCGCAGCUCUGCUUUCUGGCCAUGGUGGAGCAGGAGUGUGUCGGAGCCAUUGUAUGUAAGCUUGACAUGCAUAAGAAGAUGUUUCGUCGAGGCUACAUUGCCAUGCUGGCCGUGGAUUCGAAACACAGAAGGAAAAGCAUCGGUACUAAUCUGGUGAAAAAGGCCAUCUAUGCCAUGGUGGAGGGCGACUGCGACGAGACUUUGAAUUCCUCUAGAAGAUGAAACAUGUGAUACAGCGUUACGAUUUCUUCAGUCUCUUUGCUGGUUGAGACCAAAGAGCUGACACUCUGAUACAACCCAGCAA